AUGGAAAACUUGAAAUAUCGCGUUAUUUACGAGUACGAGUUCCACCUUGACACCAGUGCUGCGGAAACGGCUCGAAGGGUUGAUGAUGUGUAUGGCAGUCGUAUCGCAAAAGAAAACACAGUGCAUUUUUGGUUCCAACAUUUUCGAUCUGGAAAUUUCGACCUGCAGAACAAGCCCCGUGGACGGCCGGAGACCCUAGUUGAUAAUCAAGAAUUGAAAGCUAUUGUGGAAGCGGAUCCAUCGCAAACCACGUCCAAGUUAGCUUCAGGCUUCGGUGUUAGUGAUAAAAUUAUUUUAAUUCACUUGAAGCAAAAUAGGAAGAUUAAGAAACUUGAAGGGUACCUCACGUAUUGA